UAAACUGAAACUGCAAAAGUUCAAAAUCAAUUGCAGAAAUCCAGAAUUUACAAAAACUCAAAAAAAUUUGGCUUCUAAUCCUCCCGGGUUUUUUUCUUCCCAAUUUCCCCUACUUCAUCCUUCCCUUUUCCCACUUCUUUCACAUCCCAUUCUCACACAAUCUUCUCAAUUUCCACACACAAAAAUAAUCCAAUGGGUGGCAAACUUCAGUUUUUACCUCCAGCCAAAAGAUUCAUGUUGAUGCACCAACAAGAUCAAAAUGGGUCUGCUUCAUUGUCACAACUUCCUGCUAAAAAGAGAAAAUUCUCUCCAGAAAUUCCCCCACCUAUUACCAAUAACACCGUUACUCUUCUCUGUUUGCCCGCCAAGAAACGUGUUUGGGCUUUUCAUCCAUUUGACCUCAAUGAGGAAUAUAACCCAAUCAUCAAGGAGGAAAAAUUACGUGACGCAACAACAAAUGAUGAUAUUGAUGUGGAUGAGGAUGAGGAUGAUGGGAUUAUUUGUGUUAUUUGUAAUAGCACAGACGGAGAUCCAUCAGAUCCAAUCGUUUUAUGUGAUGGUUGUGAUUUGAUGGUUCAUACGACUUGCUACGGUCAUCCUUUUACGCAUGGAAUCCCAGAAGGCGAUUGGUUUUGUGCUCAAUGUUUAGCCUCAAAAUCGGAGACUCCAAACCAAAAAUCCUUCACUUGUUGUCUCUGUCCUGAAUCUGGUGGAGCCUUGAAAUCCACUGUGAAUGAAGGUAAAUGGGCUCAUGUUGUUUGUUCACUUUUUGUUCCAGAAGUUUUCUUCGUCGAUUCAGAAGGUCGUGAAGGAAUUGAUUUCAGCAAAGUUCCUAAAAGAAGAUGGGAAAAAAAGUGUUACAUUUGUAAAUCCAAAAAAGGAUGUGCUAUUGAUUGUUCUGAGCCGAAAUGUCCUUUGUCUUUUCAUGUUACCUGUGGGUUGAAAGAUGAUCUCUGCAUUGAGUACACAGAAGGACGGAAAAAUGGCGGUAUUGUUGCUGGCUUUUGCAGUAGCCAUACUGAACUAUGGAAAAAGCAACAACAAACUGGGAAGUUCAAGAUUGUGCCAAGAGAAGAAGUUGAUAGAUAGAUAGAUACUCAUCUAUUAUUAUGAGUCAGAAGAGUUUCAGAUAAUAUAAAUGAGAAUCCUAGUUUUUAGUAGCAUUAGUAGAGUAGUUGAUGGACACCUAGGUAUUGGUUCGGUGGUGAGACUGCUUCAUUUUUAAUUAAAAGUCUUUACUUCUCUUCUUGGAUAUAGAGAAAAUCUUGUUAGGAUCGUUACCUCUUAAUAGGCCUUGUCGUGCGUGAUCUAGAUUUAGUUAAGGGCUCUAAUGCGAAUGGAAAAAAGUCUAAUUUAUAGAC